AUGGGGAAACUUGAAAAUGCUUCCUGGAUCCAAGAUCCUCUCAUGAAGUACUUGAACAGCACAGAAGAAUACUUGGCCCACCUGUGUGGACCUAAGCGCAGUGACCUAUCCCUUCCGGUGUCUGUGGCCUAUGCGCUGAUCUUCGUGGUGGGGGUGAUGGGCAAUCUUCUAGUGUGCCUGGUGAUUGUCCGACAUCAGACUUUGAAGACACCCACCAACUACUAUCUCUUCAGCUUGGCGGUCUCAGACUUGCUAGUCCUGCUCUUGGGGAUGCCUCUGGAGGUCUACGAGAUGUGGCACAAUUACCCCUUCCUGUUUGGGCCAGUGGGAUGCUACUUCAAGACAGCCCUCUUCGAGACUGUGUGCUUUGCCUCCAUUCUCAGUGUCACCACGGUUAGCAUUGAGCGCUAUGUGGCCAUCGUCCAUCCAUUCCGAGCCAAGCUGGAGAGCACGCGGCGACGGGCCGUCAGGAUCCUCAGCCUAGUCUGGAGCUUCUCUGUCAUCUUUGCUUUGCCCAACACCAGCAUCCAUGGCAUCAAGUUCCAGCACUUCCCCAACGGGUCCUCUGUGCCUGGCUCUGCCACCUGCACAGUCACCAAGCCCAUGUGGGUAUAUAACUUCAUCAUCCAAGCUACGUCCUUCCUCUUCUACAUACUCCCGAUGACCCUCAUCAGUGUCCUCUACUAUCUCAUGGGGCUCAGGCUGAAGAGAGAUGAAUCUCUUGAAGCAGACAAAGUGACCAUGAAUAUUCACAGACCCUCCAGAAAAUCAGUCACCAAGAUGCUGUUUGUCUUGGUCCUCGUGUUUGCUAUCUGCUGGACCCCCUUCCAUGUGGACCGGCUCUUCUUCAGCUUUGUGGAUGAGUGGACUGAGUCCCUGGCUGCUGUGUUCAACCUCAUCCACGUGGUAUCAGGUGUCUUCUUCUAUCUGAGCUCCGCAGUCAACCCCAUUAUCUAUAACCUGCUGUCUCGGCGCUUCCAGGCGGCCUUUCGGAAUGUGCUCUCUCCUUCCUGCAAAUGGUGCCGUCCCCAGCAUCGCCCACAGGGACCUCCAGCCCAGAAGAUCAUCUUCUUGACAGAAUGCCACCUUGUGGAGCUGACAGAGGAUGCAGGUCCCCAGUUUGCUUGUCAGUCAUCCAUCCACAACACCCACCUUACCACAGCCCCCUGUGCUGGAGAGGUACCAUGA